GUGUGAGCCGCUGACAGCUGUGUGUUGUGUGUGUGUGUGUGUGUUGUGUCCGGUGUGUCGUGUCCGGUGUGCGUUGUGUGUGUCUGUGCCGCAGCGGUCCGUCAUGUCGCUGCGCUUCACCGAUGAGGACUUCCAGAGAGCGUGGACGGAGCUGGACGAGCCGCAGCUGGGGGGCGGAUGGGAGCAUUUCACCGAGACCAUGGGAGUGAACAUCCACCGCCUCUACGACAAGGAAACUGGACUUUAUGAGUACAAAGUCUUUGGCGUGCUCGCCGGCUGCACCCCAGAGCUGUGUGCAGACGUCUACAUGGACUUGUCCUAUCGGAAACAAUGGGAUGGAUAUGUGAAAGAGCUCUAUGAGAAAGACUUUGAUGGACAGCCAGCAAUCUACUGGGAAGUCAAAUACCCAGCUCUCAUGUCAAACAGAGACUAUGUGUACGUUAGGGAGAGGAGAGACUUGAAUGUGGACGGCAGGAAGAUCUGGGUGAUCCUGGCCAGAAGCUCUCCAGAGACUCCGUGUGCAGAAAAGAGUGGCGUGCUGCGGGUCAAAGACUACAAGCAGAGCCUUGCACUGGAGAGCGACGGAGGGUGCGGAACUAAAGUUUUCAUGAAUUACUUCGAUAACCCCGGCGGUAUGAUUCCCAACUGGGUGGUGAACUGGGCAGCUAAGAGCGGGGUGCCAGCUUUCUUAACAGACAUGCAGAAGGCCUGCAGCAAAUACGAAUCCUACUGCCAGAAGAAAUGAACACGGCGGAAUGGGACUCGGGCUCAAGGGCUUAGCUCCCUUUUUAUCCUGUAUUACUUUAUGUUGUAUGUUGAAAUGUGAAUGCUGUGUGCGGGGUGAAAGUGGCACGGUGUGGGCUGCUACCUGAGGUUGUAGCUUGCUGUUGACUCAGGCAUGAUGACCAGCCUCCCUCCUAAAUAUCCUGGGGUGAUUUUAUUCUGAUCCAUUGUACUGUAAUGAUCAAUACUGUAUUCUCUUUUCUUUGACAUCAUUUGAUUAUAUUCUAAAUAUAUAUAUAUGAUCAGUUUUUAUUACUUUAGGCCCUAAAUGGUAAAACCAGCUCCUUUUUCACAGUCUUUUCAAGGCAGGAAUGUUUUAUGUUCUGUAGAAAAGGUACAAACGCUGAACAGGAAGACUUUGUGCCAGUGUUGCAUCAAAGAGUGAUCGUCUGUUAAGUGGAAAACUAACUUAUAUGAGCUGCAUAUCCGCCUUAAUUUAAACCGGUAAAAAGGACGGGAUUGGUCACAAAGUAAAAUAAGGAUAAUUGCAAAGAAAUGAUUUCUGUAUUACCUCAGCCAAGGAGUAUAUGAUUUCAACUGUGUUUAUUGGUUUGCAGGAUUGCUCAGAAAAUACUAGUCAGAUUACCAAAAAACCUGGAGGAAGGAUGCAGUCGGGUUCAGAUCUUAACAAAUGGUCAGAUCCAGGAUUUUUGACUUUCUUUGCAGCGUUUCACAGAGAACGAAUUCAUGAAUGUUGCCUGUAAUCAAGUAGUCUGACUGUCCUGCCUGAUUAUGCUCUUAACUGUAAAGACUACUUUGGCCACAGAUGUGAUCAUCAAACACUAAAAUUGAACAAGCUCGUACCUUCACUAUAAUUUGGGACUUUACAUAACGUGUGUAACCAGCAACCGGCCACCAGGAGGCGACUGAGAUGCUUUGGCUUCACUUUUGGGAGCCAUCAUGCCAUCUAUGUAAAAUCUAUGGAUCCGACUCACGAAUACUGAGUCCUUAUGACACUCAGGGGUCGGACUGUCCACAUGUUUACAGACAUCUCCUCUGAUGGUCUCCAGUUAGUUAAAGUUGCAGCUACCAGUCCCAACCUACAGAUCUGAUUUAUCAUGAUGUUUUCAUUCUUCUCACUGUCCACUUCAAUUCACUGGAAUUCACUCAUUUGUUACAAUGGAGUGAAAAUGACGAAUCAAGCACUUUUUAAAAAUAUGUUCGGCAUCUUGUCCUUUCUUGCGGGUUUAUUACUUAUGCAAACAUCAUGUUAUGGAUGCAUUGAAUCAAAGAUACAGUAUCUGAUUCGUCAUUGUAUUUAGGCUGCACCUCAGUACCUCAAUGCUCCUGUUGAUACACAUGAAUGUGGUUUAAUCUGAUUAUGAAAUGUUAUUACUGUGUAAUACUGCUGUGUUACUGGAAUAAACCUAAAUUUGACCUUU